CCGUCCGAUUCUCCACGAUAUUUCCCUUGAGCUGUCUCCGUGACACAUUUAUUACAUUCAUUGACCUCGCAUUCUCAAGCUCAUGAAAGUAAUCAUCCACCUGGAUUUUUGAACUCAAGUAGGGACAACUAAUUUCUCGGGCUCUGUUCCUUCUGUCAAUAUAAAGUGUGUCGAAUUACUACCAUGAACCGAAUUUUAAUAUUUGUCCUUCAAAUUGUCCUUCUCACCUCUCAUGCCUUUGGAGCACCCAUAUCUCCAGAGGACAACCAAGACCUACCUGUAUCUUCUGAAGAUCGACGAACAGUGUCGAAUAUUGUAUGGAGCUGCCUCGCAACAAUAUUCACAUGCACUUGGCUUGCCAUACAUCCCAACGUCCCAGGUCGUAACACCACGACCAAGGGAGCAAUUUCCUGCAGUAUUGAACGCGCGAGGCUCAUGAUUAUCGCAAUUCUUGCACCAGAGAUCAUCGUUGGAUGGGCUGCAGAGCAGUUUAUGGUUGCUUGGAGGGUGCGUCACGGAGAGAAAAUCUCUAUUGCAUCUAUUAUCCAUGCUUGGAGAGAGAAAACAAACAAAUCAAAGCCGACACUCUCUCAUGGUUUUUUUCUCAGCAUGGGGGGGUUCUACUACACCGACAUGCCUACAUCAGUUUACGAAGACUUGUUGGAAUGUACCACCGACUCUGACACUCCACUCCUAUCCGACAGUAGUCUUGAAACUGAGAACAUCAAAGGAGUACUUGUUGAUGUCCGUGCGCUUGAAUCGGAACCAAGGCUAGCCAGAACCCUAGCGGCGAUCAGUGCAGAGACCAUCGAGGACAAAAGCAAACGAGAUGCACUGUCCAAAAUUAUAUCUAUCCUCCAAAUAUCCUGGUUCAUGAUGCAAUGCCUCGCUCGAUCCGUUCAGCAUCUCCCGAUCACACUCCUUGAAAUGGCAGCACUCGCAUUUGCCGGCCUCAGCAUCAUGACUUACUGCUUGUGGUGGCACAAACCACUCAACGUUAACUACCAUAUAUCUUUGGAUCCGUUGAAUUCAAGCGAAUUCAUGCGAACGUUGGCAACUAAAAGUCACAAAGAAUCUGCUUCCCCAAUGGCUUCCUCCGCCGACUUUUCGAUAGGCGGGGUAAAGGACGCGUUGGUCUGGGUUUACAAUGUGGCACGGACUUUCAUUUUCGCACCGAUAGAAGGCCGUAACAACAUUGGAGAUGGUGCCCUGCUAUUGUCCUCGGGUUGCCCUGAACAGACGCUGAUACCCUUUGUGAUAGGGGUUUGUGUAGGAUCAUUAUUCGGGGCAUUCCAUUGCAUGGCUUGGUCAUUCUACUUUCCAUCCCACACGGAAAUGCUACUGUGGCGAUUUUCAUCUGUGUCAGUCAUGAUUGGACUCCUUGCAGCAGUUGUUGUUAUUUUCAUUGUUGAGGGGUAUUGUCCCAAGUGGAUAUCGAAGCUACCACGACUACUUCCAUAUUGGUUGAUGGGCGAUUCUGUUUGGGAGCUCUGUUUCACUGCAUUAUUUUUUGGUGGCAUCCUCGCAUACAUCGUUGGGCGGAUUAUACUUAUCGUCCUCGCUUUUACACAGCUACGUUCGCUGCCACAGCUAGCUUUUCAUACAGUACAAUGGACCGCUUACAUACCUCAUAUAUAGUUUCGGUUUCGGUUACUUUGCGCUUUCCGUAUGUCAGGUCCUGGCGAUUUCCUUCGUUAUUAAAUCACCUCCUUUGAAUCCUCCUGCUUUAUUUAGCGAGUGCAUAUUCUAUCUUGAAGCCAUUGGUGACGUUAUUCUU